CAACCAAGGGGAAACGUACUCUACCUAACAGACGUUAUUCGCAAGUUGCCUUAGACUACGGCCGGUACAUCGAAACCUCCGACCUAGGGCGAUAUCGCUUUUUCCUUGCCUCACCGUUCAACUCUCCCUUCGACUGCUAUACCUAAUCUACUCACUCGCAUGCCUCUCGACCGCUGGCCCGGCCUCCGUGCUCCCUGAGACGUACCGCCACAGCGCUAUCACACCCCCCGACUCAGUGCCUUGCAGCCCUUGCAGCAGGGCCUGCAGGACGGGCCCGCGACCGUCCCAAUCAUGAAGGCGCAGACCUUCUUGCAGCUGCCACCCCAGCUUGUCGAGGACUCGGCCUCCAAUAACGGCUCCUCCGUUGCCGGCGACUGCUUCGACGACGACUUCCUUUCUGAUGCCGGCAGAGAAUCGCCCUCCAAUGCCGACUCGCUGGCCGAGGACUCUGACGAUGAGGCUGUCGCAGUCAGCUCGGCGGAUAUGGCCCGGCUGCGGGCCAUGAGCUAUGACCGCUCGCGCGACCGUAGAUGCGACUGCGACGAAGACGACGACAAUUCACACAACACUAACGACAGCCGCGAUCAAAGCCGGACUCGACCGCGAACCAGACAACGCCCCCAACUCCGAAUCCAAGACGUUGAUCUCGCGCUGGAUAUGGGUGGCGACAACGGCGGCGACGGCGACGGCGACGGCGCGUACCAACCUCUGGUCAGUGUCCUGCCGCGAGGCACAAAGCCCGUCAGGCUGGUUGGCGAAGGCGCCGCCAACGCCGUCUUCGAGAUCAAAUUGCCCCCAGGCAGUCGCGUCGGUGCGCAGUUUCAAGGCAAGCUCCUGAGGGUGGCCAAAGCACCAUCUCUUGGCCGCGCUCCAACUUCCUCCGACUAUUAUCUCCGCCAACAGGAAUUCUUCAUCCGUGAGAUUCAGCCGCACCUAGGCGAACAUGCCGUGUCCCAGGAGCUGGUGGUACUGCAUAAAUCCGGCAUUGUGGAUGACCUCAACGCCAUGCUUCGGGACAUGAACCACCAACGCAAGCCUAAAUUCCAAGGCUCCUUCAUUGGCCACGCAUCUUGGGGCUUUCUUGUGGAGGACAUGCGGCCCAAUGGUGAGUACCUUAGUCACAUGCUUACGUCCAAGUUGCUAUACAGCGACGAUGGCUCCAUCCUUGUCGAGUUCAAACCUAAGUGGCUGCUACAGUCCCCCAGCGCCCCUAAAGGCGCCAUCAGAUGCAGGCAGUGUGCCUUGGAACUUCGCAACUACCUGAAAACGCCCGGCUCGAAAUCUCCACGCCCUGAGAGGCGGCCCUGCCCGAUUGCGCUUGCAAAUCCCGACUGCCCUCAGCAAGUUGCGUCACCUUUCCGAAUAGCUCCGCAACUCUCUGCCCGGCAGGAUGACGCACGCGUCCAGGCUAUUCUCGACAAAAUCAUCCACCACAAGGCAAUCCAAAAGCUGAGGGAAUGCCAGAAGAGCCUCGAUCACGUGGGGCCCCUACUACCUCCUACUAACUUGGAUUUCGUCGUCGCCAUGACCUUGCGUGACUGUACGUGCUUUGCACUUGUUCCAUCGAACGACGACGAGGAAAUCAAACUUCGUUUUGGUGACUUUGACUUUAAGGACCCUGAAAAGAAGUUCAACCACUGGCGCGGAACGGAGCAAGACCUCAUUGAAGGUGGCUUCUAUACCGCCGACUGGGUUGUUUGCGGCGAUUCAUACUACCAUCCGCCGUCACUGUGCUCGCUGGAGUGGUCGGGCAAACCUCGUACGGGAGACGCAGUCAUUCUUCUCAUAGAAGAUAAUACUACAAAACAUAAUAAGCUCUCAAGCUACCAAAAGAAUGGUUCUCCUUCUUCUGCGAAGACGGGGAAAACGGUAUACAGGCAUACAGGGGAUCUUGCGGCGCUACACAAGGGCCUGGAGCCCUUUAAACGAGAGAUGGGAGGCGCACAAUCGGAUUCUAUUUAUAACAACCCCCUGAGGUGCGAUCCUAGACGAGGAUAAAGAAUCUGGCACUAUGGAAUUAUAAUCGGUCUGGGACUUUUUUUGGUGGGCGAACAGCUUUUACCUUUUCUCUUUUUACUCCUUUCCUUCUUCUUCUCUUUGUCUUUUGUCCAAAAUUGGCAUUGGAAUUUUCUAAAAGGGGGCGUCAAAAGGCUACUAAGGUAGGAGGAAAUGCAUCACUGGUGGACGCAGCGAAAUGGGUUAUGGGAAGCGCUGGGAUAAAGCUGCAUGGAAUACAGAACGGCGGCACUUUCGGUCUUAACUGGGUUUUUAUAAAAUACCAUUAUUCUCCGUAUAUAUAUUUCUUUCAGUUGUAUUUUGCGAUAGAUUAGAUGGCUUCGUAUUCUUUUUAAAUGAAUUGCCUAAAAGAUCUAUAUAGCUAUUGAGCAUUUUAGCAAUCGCGUUGAGUUCAAGUGAUCAAUAGGAUGCAAAGGGAAU